GUUUGAAGAGGAAUAAGUAUUAAGUUGUUACACCUGUGGUGCUUUGCAUAGAAAUGUUUUUUAUCUCAACCUUAAGGUUUCAAUAACGCCAGUUUAAAAGAAGAUAUAUCAAAACACAUGCAAUCGUUGAUUUGAUAACAAAAGUUUUUUUUUUUUUGUUUUUUAAAAGAAGAAAAUUAUUUUUAGUUGGCAUAAUUUGAGAUCAAUUUUUUUUUCUCAUCAUGGCUUAUGAUUAAAGUCUGAGAAAAAAACAAUGAAAAGGUCGUUCUUAAUUUUACAAACUUUACUUUGUUUUGUUCAUUCCGAACCAACACUUGUUUAUGACUCUGUAUUUACAGAAGAUAUAAAGCACAUAGAAACCUCGUCGCAAUAUUUAAAUUUUAACUUUAUUCCGUCAAACAAGAUUAAUAAUCUGCAGAAUGUGUCCAGCGGUAAUCUACAGAACAAAGUGAUCUUUUCGUUUACAGCUGCGAAAAUGAGAGUUUUAGACGAACUGGUUUCAAGUACAAAUGGAAGUUAUUACGGUUUCUCAAGAUCUCUUCAAAAGCUGAAAGCAGUUACCCACCACUCCCCGUACGAACAAUGUGUGGAACAAACCUUCAUACAUCGUCAAGCUGUCAUUUCGCUUAUAUACAGCCUGUCGGUAAAAGGAGUUGCUGUGGUUUCAGACUACAGCUUUUGCUCUGUAAGAUUUCUGCAUCCUCUUGUGGACGAAUUAAGAACAACCGAGAAGAACAAAAAAGUCACAUUCAACAUUCAAAGUCUCAUCUAUAAUCCGCAUAAUAUGAAACAGCUGAAGGCAUUCUUCUACCAAUUAAAAAUAGAUAAAAUUCCGUUAAUCGUGUUAUUGGUCCGGCAAGAAUAUGUACCAGCCAUUUUUAAAAUGGCAGAAUUUCUUGGUUUAACUGAAGCUGAUCAAAUCUGGUUGAUACCUCAUUUUUAUGAUGGCAUUGUUUCAAGCAUUUCACCAGCAAAAGUUUUGACAUUUGAAAAAGUUGAGAAUGGAGAAAAAAUGUAUAACAAUUUAAAAACAACAAUCCCUGAGCUGGUAAAGGAAUAUUUAGACGCAAAAAUAGAUUGUAACAACGAUGUCACAUGCAUUACCACAAGGCUUUAUCAAACGCUAAUAGAAAACGAGCUUGAAAAUAUCACAGAUUUUAGCAUUAUUAUUCGAUACCGCAACCUAGCUGAUGAGACCAAAAAUUGGAUUUCCGUAAGGGCAAGAAUAUUAGGGGAUACAUUCACGUUAGAGGGAAAUGAGAUUGCUAUUUUGCGCUCAGUGUCAGGUGACGAUUUGCAGCGUCAUCUUCGCGUUGUGACCGUUCUUGACAAGCCGUUUACCAUGAGAGAAGACAGAUACGUUGAUAAAAUUGACAACAGUUGCAAAAAAGGUGUUAAAUGUGGACUUCCAGCCGGUAGAUUAAAUGGAACUUUAAGUUACACAUAUUCGUGUUGUGUUGGCUUCGUGAUUGAAAUUUUUCAAGCUGUUAUGGAAGACUUAAAUAUCCACCCAGAAGUAUUUGUAGUGGAGGACGGGAAUUAUGGUGGAAUUGAAAACGGUCGUUGGAAUGGUAUGAUCGGAGAUUUAGUUGAGGAAAAAUUCGACAUGGCUGUCGCAGGCCUGUCAAUCACAAAGGAACGCCAAAAGGUUGUUGACUUUAGCGUACCUUACUUACAGGAUCAAAUGGGUAUAUUGGUAAAACCUCAAGCAAUAAAACUGGAGUUUAUUAACUGGGAAUUCAUUGCGCCGCUCACAUCUCAGUUGCAAGUUUUAUUGUUAUCGUUCAUCAUUGGCGCCAUUUUUAUGAAUUACCUCCUGGAAAAUAACAUCUACUUUGCAAGUUUUGUCAGUUGUCAAUACAAGAAAGGCGGGAGAUAUUAUCCACUUUCAGAAAGUAUGACAUAUAUAAGUGGCGUUACUUUGCAGAGAGAUCUAGGUGGAAAGAAUCCAGCCAGACCCGGAGCUCGUUUAUCAGCCAUUGUGUUUGCGUUUGGUAUGGUAAUCGUAGUAACGACGUAUACAGCAGUUUUAGCUGCCCAAAGCGUCCAAAACCAAGAGAAGAACCCUUUCCUAGGAUCAAAAGACCCAAGGCUUCGCAACCCUACUGAAGACUUCAAGUUUGCUGUACAUAAAAGCACAUCUUACGAAACAUUCUUCCGGAAUGGCGAAACCGAUAUCAUAAAAAGAAUGGGGGUGUUUAUGGAGAAGUAUAAUUAUGAGAACAGUGAUGAAGGUGUGGAAAUGGUGAAAAACGGAACACUCCAAGCCAUUAUCAGCGACUACCAAUACCUUUACUACAGACUUUCAAAAGACCAGUCAUGUCAACUACGACUUGUCGCCGACUCUCUCUUUCGAUUCGGUCUUGGCUUCGCUAUGAAGAAAAACCUUCCUUGGAAAGUUUUGAUUGACCAAAUGCUUUUAAAACAUCGUGAAAAAGAAACAUUCACCAUUCUGCAAAAGAAAUGGUUUUCCAAUAUAUGUCAGCCAACAUUCUUUGCUUCCACGAAAAACCAAUUAUCAAUUAACCGAUUUGGCGGAAUCAUACUCAUUUUGAUGCUGACAGCGAUUUUAUCCUUUCCAUUGCUGUUUCCAGAAUAUUUAUAUUCUAAAUAUCUCGAAUCGAAAAUAACCAAAUUUCUCAGAAUGAAAGAAAAACCAUCGCUACAGAAAAAGGGGAGUCUGUUUGAUUCGUAUGGCUCAUCGCUGGACAAUUCAGGUAAAGAACCAUAACUUUAAAGUUACAAACAACAACACUCCGAAAAACAUAUUUUGUAGCGGCCACGAUCAUCUUUUUAGUGCCUUCGUUAGACAGCUGAUAUAUGACAGCUCCUGCUCUUAAAGCCAGCCAGUUAAUUUUAAAAUCCCGUUUGCAUAGUAAAAAAAAUUACGUUAAAAAGAAUACCAAAUCAAAUUUCUUCUUGCAAAAUGUUUAACUUAAACGUAGCUGUCUUGAGUUGUAAAUUUAACGUCUUGUAUAUAGAUCUGGGAGUAUUCCUUUAUGAAAUAAAGCAUUCUACCCACUGUUAGUGCUUGUGUUACACCCUCAGAAAUUGCAUAAAUGUUAAUAAAGACAAUUUAGUUCAAAUUUAAUG